AUGUUUAAAAAAUAUCAUCGAUACCGAUUUAUUGAAGGAAAUCAAGCAUCUAUGUCAACACUCUCAACUUCUCAACAUCAUGUCCAACCAGCAACGACAGCUGCAAUGAAUGACAGUCAAUGGAUAGAUAUUCAGUAUUCGCUUCGAAAUUCUAGUCAAUAUGGUGUUCUACCGGAUGUACCUAGCAUCGAAGUUAAUGAGACGUUACAAGAAACUCAACCGACUUCUGUUCAUCAUGAAAAUGUAAAACAUCCGGAAAUUUUGAAAGCAGAAAUUUAUAUCAUUGGUAAUAGUCAUGAUCAAUUACCAAUCAAUAACUCAGUCCAAGGUCCUGUGGCAACAAUUGGUAAAAUGUGUACAAAUACAGCUUUAAUAAAAUUGCAACGAUGUGAUGGAUGUCAACUUGUCGUACUGAAGGAUUGGAAGCUUGCCAAAUGUCGCCAGAAUGAUUUUAAAGCCAACAAUGAACGUGGUACAAAUGCGCCAGCUAACACAACAUUGUUUGAUUUUGUCAUGACCCAGUAUCCAUCAGGUAUAUAUGUUUUAUCGACAUUUCGUCAACGAUUAAAUGAAUAA